CAUAGAGCGGAUCGCGAAACUAUGAGGAAAAUACUUGUUUUUGUCGUUAAUUUAUUAAUCUUAAGGGGUUAUUUGGCUGAAGUACCGGCACCAUAUUUGCUUCAAACUUACAGCCUUCCCUCAGACUUGAAUUUUAUGCCCACAUUGGGCAAUGGCCACUUGGGCUAUACUGUCUAUGGCGAUGCCAUCUUCAUGAAUGGGGUUUACAAUGGAGCCGGAGGAAAUAGCAAACGAGCCAGGAUCCCCAACUGGCUGAAUAUCACUACCCAAGUCUGUGAUAGAUUUGGCUGCACCACGGAUGAGGAUGUGGCCAUCAAUGGAACCAGCUACGACAUGAACCUCCGCGAUGGUUACUUCCGAUCCCUGACCACUUUCAGAAGCCUGGGAAUCACAUUGGAGCAGAGGACCUAUCCGCACAAGUUUUACAAUAGAGCUUUGGUCUACGAAGUGGUGGCUACCAGACUAACCAACAGAAAGGCGAGAGUAAAUUCCCCUCAAUAUUUAAAACUAACUCAAUACCCCGGCAGCUCCAGUGAUGCCUUCCAGUUUGUGGUGGUUAACGAUGGCAGUGCUUCUAGCGAAGAUUAUCGAAUCCUUCGUGGCCAAACAGAGAUCCUGGAGUUUGAGAAAUUCCAGCCGAAACCACAUGAGAUCUUUGUCUUCUUUAGUGAAUCUUUGGAGCAGCCUCAGCAGCUGGAGUGGCCUACCUGGCAAGAUCAGUUGUCUCACCGCAUUAUCAUCACCAUGGACCGACAGCAGAGUAUGGCCCAAAAGGAGCUCCAGGAUGUGCUGCAAUUGAGCGCCAAGAGCCUUCUUCUGAAACACACCGAAUCAUGGAACAAGUUCUGGGACUCCGAAUUCUCCAUCCAACUGAGAGGCGAUGAUGUCCUGGAGCUGUCACAGAUUGUGAAUGCCGGAAUUUUCUAUUUGGCAAGUUCCCUGCCAUCGCUGGAGACCAACCAGGAGAACGAGCCCUUCUUCGGCCUCAGUCCCACGGGCUUGGGGCGUGGCAAUCUGGAGGCCGACUAUCAGGGUCACAACUUCUGGGAUACAGAGAUCUGGAUGCUGCCAGUGGUCAUACAAUUCGGAUACGAGUAUGGGAAACAGGUGCUGGACUACCGCACCCGGAAACUCGAAGCAGCCAAGUAUCAUGCCUAUGCUUCAGGAUACAAGGGAGCCAGAUUUCCCUGGGAGAGUGCCUACACUGGCACUGAAGUAACGAAUCCCUGUUGUCCCGAGGUGGCUCGUCAUGAGAUCCACAUCUCCCCGGACAUAUCCUUCGCCCUGCAAAAGUUCUUUGCCCAAUCGGCGGAUUUCGAUUGGACCUGCGACAAGGCCUGGCCCAUUGCCGCUGAGGUGGCCGAGUUCCUCGUGAGCCGAGCAGCCUGCGAGGAGCUCAAGGAGGUCUGCCACUUCCUGGGAGUGAUGGGACCCGACGAGGACCAUCCCGAUGUUGAUGACAAUGUUUACACCAACGCUGUGGCCAAGAUUGCCUUGGACUUUGCCGCAUGGGCUGGUCAGAUGUGUGGAAAUACGAGCACGGAACUCUUCGAAAAGUGGACCCGGGUCAGCAACCGCCUGGUAAUCCUGCGGGAUGAGGAACUAAACUACCAUCCCCAGCAUCUGGGUUAUGUUCCAAACACGACUGUAAAGCAAGCAGAUACCAUUCUUUUAGGAUUUCCUCUGAAAUUUGAUACGAGCUCCACCCACCUCAAUGACCUCAAAAUGUAUGCCAAUGUGACCCGAGAAUCCGGACCUGCCAUGACCUGGUCCAUGUUCGCCGCCAACUACCUGCGCACCGUUGAAUAUACGCGGGCCCAUGAGUACUUUGAGCGGGGCUACAAGAGCUAUGUGCGUCCGGAGUUCAAGGUGUGGAGUGAAACCCCCAUCGGAUACGAGGGAUCGGCCAAUUUCCUAACCGGAAUCGGAGGUUUUCUGCAAGCCCUAAUAUUCGGGUACGGUGGCUUAGACUUUGUUCGAGAUGGCAACAAGACUAACAUGAUUAUGUAUGGUUCCAUGACCCCACCCAAUGUGGACGAGGUGGAGGUCAACUUUAUACGAUAUGGAGCAAGUAACUGUCAGUGGAUAUUCUCCAAUACCCACAACACAAUGAAUUGUGGCAAGUCUUUGCAGAGGUUCGAGAUGGUUCAGGGUGGAAAGAGGACAUUAAUGGGGUCCUCCUUCAAUUUUACCAAAGGAGAUCCACCCAUCCAUGUUCAUAUUUUGAGAUAA